AUGGUGAUAGGCAUGAUGAUCGCUUCCUCUUUCCUGUCAGUGUGGUUGAGUAAUACAGCCACAACAGCCAUGAUGCUACCCAUUGCUAAUGCCUUACUGGAAAGCCUUUUCAGGAAUCUGGAAACUCUAAAAGAGAACCGCAAGGACAAGAGUGAUCCAGAGGGUGAUUCUCAGGUGAAGAUGCAUGUGCUUCGUUUUGAAAAACAGAUGCUGGCCACAGAAGACAGACCGGACUGGACAGAUAGAUCAGAGCAAACGAAUCUGGAAGAAGCCAGAAGAGAGGCUCAAUACCAGAUGAAGGUGUGGAAAGGAUUUCUGAUUUGUGUACCUUAAAGCAACGGAGGAACUGCAGCCCUCACCGCCCCUAAUUUGAUCUUGGUGGGUCAGCUAAAGAGACUCAAAUACAUCAUAUGUUCCCCUGUUGUCAUGGAGAAAAGCUCAUAG